AGCCGCCGCGGCCGCCUCUCUGCCUCCGCCCGCCGCGCGGACCAGCGAGCCGGGUCGCAGCCGUGAGCCUGCCCGCCCGCCCGCCCGCGUGCCGGGGCUGCGGUGGGCCAGGAUGUCGGUCUUCCUGGAGGAGCUGCUGGGCGACAAGCUGGUGACGGGCGGCGGCGAGGAGGUGGACGUGCACUCGCUGGGAGCCCGCGGCAUCGCGCUGCUGGGGCUCUACUUCGGGUGCAGCCUGAGCGCCCCCUGCGCGCAGCUCAGCGCCAGCCUGGCCGCCUUCUACGGCCGCCUGCGAGGGGACACGGCCGCUGGGCCGGGGGCCGGGGCGGGGGCGGGCGCGGCCGCUGAGCCAGAGCCCCCGCACCGCCUGGAGAUCGUCUUCGUGUCCUCGGACCAGGACCAGCGGCAGUGGCAGGACUUCGUGCGGGACAUGCCAUGGCUGGCGCUGCCCUACAAGGAGAAGCACCGGAAGCUUAAACUUUGGAACAAAUACCGAAUCUCCAACAUUCCAUCGCUGAUAUUCCUAGAUGCUACCACAGGGAAGGUUGUGUGCAGAAAUGGGCUCCUGGUGAUCCGAGACGACCCAGAAGGUCUGGAAUUCCCUUGGGGACCUAAGCCCUUCCGGGAAGUCGUUGCAGGGCCCCUGCUUAGAAAUAACGGGCAGUCACUGGAGAGCAGCAGCCUGGAGGGGUCUCACGUGGGCGUCUAUUUCUCUGCGCACUGGUGUCCACCCUGCCGGAGCCUCACCCGAGUGCUGGUGGAAUCCUACCGGAAGAUCAAGGAAGCAGGCCAGAAGUUUGAGAUCAUCUUCGUCAGCGCAGACAGGUCGGAGGAGUCUUUCAAGCAGUACUUCAGUGAGAUGCCGUGGCUCGCUGUCCCCUACACUGAUGAGGCCCGACGGUCGCGUCUCAACCGACUGUAUGGAAUCCAAGGCAUCCCCACUCUCAUCGUGCUGGACCCCCAGGGGGAGGUGAUCACUCGGCAGGGCCGGGUGGAGGUGCUCAAUGAUGAGGACUGCAGGGAGUUCCCAUGGCACCCGAAGCCCGUGCUGGAGCUCUCGGACUCCAACGCUGUGCAGCUCAACGAAGGUCCCUGCCUCGUCCUUUUUGUAGAUUCUGAGGAUGAUGGAGAGUCUGAGGCAGCCAAACAGCUGAUCCAGCCAAUAGCUGAGAAGAUCAUUGCCAAGUACAAAGCCAAAGAAGAGGAGGCCCCACUGCUGUUCUUUGUGGCUGGGGAGGAUGACAUGACUGACUCCCUGCGAGAUUACACCAACCUGCCUGAGGCGGCACCUUUGCUCACCAUUCUGGACAUGUCAGCCCGGGCCAAAUACGUGAUGGAUGUGGAAGAGAUCACCCCAGCCAUUGUGGAGACUUUUGUGAAUGACUUCCUAGCAGAAAAGCUCAAACCAGAGCCCAUCUAGUGGGCUCUGGCCUCCUGAGACAGUAUUUAAGACUCAAUCUUCUCCUCCCCUUCUUCCCCUCCGCCCUUGGACUGUUCCAGCGCGUCCUGAAUCACACAACCCAAGUGUCCAAACUCUGAGGUGCCUUGUUUCUGCAUUAACAACUCAGCUAGCACCCAAGGGUGCACAUCCUCACGGCGGCAGGACCCGUGUCUGGAGACUGCUCGGGAUAUGUGAGGCUGGCAUGGCCGGCAAACACAGCCGGCUAGCACCAAGACGGCCACACUCUUCUGGUCACUAGCUCCUGGUGAAGGACCUUCCAGGGCCUUCUGCAGAGUGAACAAGCAGGGACAAUGGAUUGGGGCUCUGACUCUGGGGUCAGUACACACACCCCAAGCCAGAGGGGACUUCCUUGUGACACUCAUACCUAUGGGAGUUACAGAGGAAGGCCCAUGGCCUCAGCGGACAUCAGCUGAGAGCUGUUGGUGAAAGCAUGCUUUGGAAGGACCUAUUAUUCUUUCUUGGUCUGAGAGAAAAACAGUGUGUCAGUGGGUUCUUGGGCAGGGGACCUCCAAAUCUAUAAGGAAACGUAUGGGUGUUUGUUUUGGUGGGAAAAUGACUAGCUGCGCUAACAGUUCAUAGAAUGCUUACUGUGUGAUUAGUUUCUUGAUCUCCCCAACCUUCUUCCUUGCUCUUGACCAUCCCCACGUUUCUGCCCAUAUGAACAGCUCCUACUGGCUUGGAAUUUUGGCAAUGAAUUCUUCCCUUUGGACAUCUUCCCAAGACUGAACCCUGAGUUCCCGGAGAAGUGCUAUCAGCUGUCAGGGGUCUCUCUGUGGGCUGGUUCUGUGCCCAAGGCCGCUGGCCCUCUGGGGAGGCACCUGCAGCUCCUUCCUAUUCCAUUUUCUUUUCAGAUGGACCCAAAAGGCAUUGAGAGUUUUCUUUUCCCUAGGAAGCUGCAGAAAGGGCUGUGCUUUAGUGGAGUGAGGGCAGAGGGCAUGUCAGCUGGGGUCAGCCUUCACUUCCCUUGCUCAGCCCAGGUAGCUGAACUCACCACAAAAAGGAAAAAGCCAGCUAUGUCCUUAGAAUCUGGGCUUUCACCUAGAGAUCCCCAGGAGUUUAGUCUGUCACAGUUGGCUGCUGGGGGUGGGGGGGCUUCAAAGCCCCUGGGCCUCACCCUCAACUCCACUCAACACUUUACCAACCCAAGCCAUUCAUUUUGGAAAAUCCAGUCAUCCUCCCUAAUAAGCUAUUGACACAGUUGUUCCUUGCUGAAUUGGAUUGUUGAUUUGUAGUUCAGAGGUACAACAUUAGUUGGUACUUAGUCAGUUGGAUGUUGGCAGCCUGAAAUGCAAUCACCUAGAAAGAAAUAAAGCAGGCCUCUCUGGACCUUAACCUUCACACUGUUCUUCCUGUCCCUGCCCUUAAUGAAGAUCUUUUCACUUGAGUGCUCUAUUUGGGAUGGGAGGGGGAAUAUUCUAGAACUUUUAAGAAUCUAAUAAACUGGGACUGGGGACAGAG